AUGGCGGCCGAACCAGUUCUCGAUGAAAAAUCCGUCCAGGACACAAAGCAAUCGCCCACCAAUUCUGACCAUGAUAUCGAAGCGGGAGAAUCCCAGCCUGGGGAGCUCCACCGUGGGCUCCAGGGAAGGCACAUGCAGAUGAUUGCUAUUGGUGGCUCAAUCGGUGCAGGUCUCUUCGUCGGUUCUGGUGGUGCCCUGCAAUCGGGUGGCCCAGCCUCCCUCGUCCUUGGAUUCAUCAUCAUCGGCAUGAUGUUACUCGCGACUGUAAAUGCUUUGGGAGAACUUGCGGUGCUGUUUCCCGUAAAUGGCGCGUUCUUUGCGUAUUCUGUUCGUUUCAUCGACAAGUCUUGGGGCUUUGCGAUGGGCUGGCAGUACGCAAUUGGCUGGCUGAUCACUCUUCCUUUCGAAAUCACCGCUGCAGGCAUCACCAUCAGCUAUUGGCACGAGUACAACAUUGGUAUCUGGAUAGCCGUCUUUCUUAUUACCCUCAUCAUCGUCCAAUUCUUUGGUGUGAAAGGUUAUGGUGAAGUCGAGUUCGUCCUGGGAAUAAUCAAGAUCGUUGCCGUCAUUGGCUUCAUCAUCUUCGGUAUCAUCGUCAACUGCGGUGGAGUGCCUACCGAUGAUCGAGGAUACAUAGGCUUUCGGUACUGGAAUGGAAAGGACGGUAACCAUGCUUUCCGCAACGGCUUCAAAGGAUUUUGCUCUGUCUUCGUGACUGCAGCCUUCGCCUUCGGUGGGACUGAGAUGGUUGGUCUUGCUGCUGCCGAGGCUGCUGAUCCAAGAAAAUCAUUGCCAAAGGCGACGAAGCAAGUCUUUUGGCGUAUUGCUGGCUUUUACGUGGUCUCAUUGCUCAUUAUGGGUAUCAUUGUGCCAAAUAAUUCCGAAGAUUUGCUUGGCUCAAGUGGUGCCAAUACCAAAGCUUCACCAUUCGUAUUGGCAAUCAAGUAUGCUGGUGUCAAGGGCUUGCCAUCGGUUUUCAACGCUGUCAUUACCAUCUCAGUCAUGUCUGUCGCCAACAGUUGCACGUACGGGUCCACUCGAACAAUGCAAGCUCUUGCAGCAGCAGGAAUGGGUCCUAAAUGGUUAGGAUAUAUCGACAAGAAAGGUCGCCCAUUUUGGCCAGUCAUUAUUCAGAUGGCAUUUGGUCUCCUGGCAUUUGUCAACGAGUCCGCAGAUGGUGGCACCGUCUUUAACUGGCUCUUAUCACUCACAGGUCUAAGCUCGUUCUUUGUCUGGGGCUCGAUCUGCCUGAGUCACAUUCGAUUCCGACAAGGCUGGAAACACGCAGGACGUUCUCUCGAUGACCUUCCAUUCAAGUCGCCGCUCGGUGUCUAUGGCUCAUACUUUGGCCUCUUCCUGGUCGUCAUCUGUCUCAUGGCAACGUUCUAUGUCGACCUCUUCCCCAUCGGCGGCAGUCCCAACGCAGAGAACUUCUUCAUGGGUUACAUUGCGGCUCCCAUUGCGUUGGCAUUGUUUGCAUUCUGGAAAGUCUAUGCCAAGGAUUGGCAAUUCGGCGUUCGCGUGGAAGAUAUGGACCUUGACACCGGACGCAGAGACUAUGCAGAUCUGCCUCCGCCAGAGGCCGAGAGGAAGCAGAGUGUCGUGCGCAAGCUGAGCACCGCCAUCUUCUAG